AAAUACCAUUUUCCACAAACUUCACAUGACUUGAAAGCAAAUGUUUAAAAAAUGAUUAUAUGAGAAAAAAAAAUCUCAGACUAUUUAGCACAAGAUAAUCUGCUGUAUAUGAAAUACAGUAAAAGAACUUUAAAUUCAUUCACCCUUUUACCUAAAUACAGUUAAUAUGAAAAUACAAAACACUACUCCUAAUCUUGUUGAAUCUUGUUGAGCACAAUUUUUAGGAUGAGCUAAGCGUGUAGUGCUACAAAAACAUCUUUCUUUAAAAAAAAAAAAAAAAGCAUAGACAAGUAGCAGUGAGGAAUUUCACUGCACUGAAACUUAAUAUUACACACACCUUGGUUAAAUAGUGUAACAGUAUUGAAUUUCUAGCAUAACAGGAGUGUAGAAAUCUAGUGUAGAGUAGUUUUAUGAUGAGCCACUUUAUUCAGAGACUUCAUGUUGAGUGUUGAGGUGACAAAGAAUUGUUUGGGGGUAUGUCUGAAUAGUUAAGUAAUUUAAAUGACAGUAUUUUCGAAAGCUCCAAGGCAACCAAACUCCUACAGAGGUUUUGUUCUUAAUCAAACACCUGCCAGAAGCCAAAGUAAUGCUGGGUGUCGAACUUUACAUCUUACAUAAUAAUAUACAACUCACAUACUCUGGAGUCAAAUCCAGAAGGUCGAUGGAUUUGGUCCUCAAAUAACCUCCUUUCUCAUAUUCCAGGAUGAUACCUGAUAGCAGAAAAACGAAUGAAACCAGAAAAAUCCACCCAUGCUGUCCGUUAUAAAGUCUCUCGCUAAUUUCACAGACGUUGGUUUAGAUUCAGGCAUACCCAUAGUUGUAACCAACGUUUGGCUUUGGAACUAAGUUAGCUAAAACAAACGUUAGGCUGCAGUAAGUAAACAAACAUUUCUGUACAGAAGUAUCCCAUUUUCUUGAAGAUAAAUAACGUUACCUGGAGGAUAAUAUCUGAGGAGGAACCUCUUUAGUUUCAUGUUAAACUGUAUGAAAGACUCGUCUCAUCACAGAUCAACAAACCGUUGCCACGGCGACCUAUAUGCGCAUGCACUGACACGCAUGCGUAGUAAAAACAUAAACGUCUUGAGCGACGCGUUUUAGGACGUCCAGAGCAAAUAGAGAUGCUGGAGAGUCCGUUAGUGCUGCUAUUCUGUAACAUCCUAGGGCAUUAUACAAGCAGCUUUAGUAUGGAAUGAUAAAAUUAACAUAAAACUCGUGCUAUACUUUCGCUUUUGACGCCCUCAUAAGCCGCAUUUUUCUUACUGUCAUUGAAAGUUGCAAAAAAAAAAGCGGCGUUCAAAACCCACGUGUUCUUUUUGUAAGUUGGCAGUUUGCAUACCAUAUUUACAUAGUUUUUUUAAGUGGCCUUCUCCCUCUCUUUUUUGGCUUUCAAUAACCUAUACUUUUGACUGUUUAUACACCUAACUCACCAACCACAACAGCAGGUGCUUCACUUUGUUAUAAGAUAAGACAAUCCUUUAUUACUCUCCCAUGUCAGGAGAAAUUUUCAGUGUCAUCACAAGACAUCAUAUUCAUAUUGUUCACAGGUACCAGCGUUACUUUGAUACAGUGGCGGAUCAUCCGUGGGGGCAUGGUGGGGUCAGUGCCCCCCCCCGGAUCUGAUUAGUCACCCGUCUGCCCCCCAAAAUUUUCGCUGGAAAUUUACAUUACUGAUACUCUGAUUUCCGAAGCUCAUGAACGCAACUUAGUUGUCGGACUGCACCUGAAUGCACCAAUGCAUUACUUUGAUCUUUUGAUUGUAUUUCGUUUGGAUUUGAAGAAGCUUGAAGACGUUUCCUGACAGAGAAGACCAGCAGCUUUGAGUUAUGUACAAAGCUGCAGUUAGGUAAAGUUGGAAAGAUAUUCACAGGACCUUGACUUAUCAUGGGCAAGAUUUACAAUUUCUUAUCUUUUUGCAGAAGUUGUAGAUCUUUACAACUUACACAACCUUGAGUAACUGUUAAAAAGCAAUUUCCCUGUGGGAAUUAAUAAAGUUAGUCUGAUUGUGAUUGUGUUUUAACAGGAAUGCCCAUUGUCCACCUUUAAUACCCAAAUAGGCGCAAACUAGGAGAAGGGUUCCCCCUUGAAAUUGUAGUCACCUUUUGAAUUGCUUAAUUUCAGUUACACAAGAGGUUCUUUUACAAUGACUUAGUAAUGUAUGGAUGCAUAACUGAGGAAUGUACAGAAAUAAACAGCAUGGCCAUCUCAUGACAAGUUUAAACCAGCAGUUUAAAUGCUUGGGAGACAAGCUGAGUCAUGGAAUUCUAACUCCUGAACAGUUUGGAUUGUAUAUAGUGGAACAAAUGGUAAGUUAAAUAAUUGUAGGCUAAUGUUUUUAUAUGUUAAAUCACUGCUUUGUAUGGCUGUUGGCAUGAUUCCUACAUGCAAUUGUGUCAAUUAUUGCUUACUAAUAACUUUUUAAGAACAAUUAUGUCUCUGUGCUCUCACCUGCAUAUUCCCAGGCUCAGUCUGUCUCUGUUUGUCCAACAACAGAAUGCAUCAUUUCUCAGAUCAAAGUCUCCAGCUCAUAUAGUCUGACUAAGGCACGUGAAGAUCAUAAAGAUUAUGUGUGUACAAUCUGACUACUGAUGAGUACUGAUACCUUCAAAGAAGCUCAAAGCACUCCGCGUAGUCACACUGUACAAGAUCAGGGUGCUCAGGUAGCUCUCAGAACCACACAGGACCUGCAGCAAUUUCAGCUGAGGUAAAAGCAUGGGCUGCUGGACCAAGCUGAAGGCGUCCGGAUGGGCUUAUCCUACUGCAAUCCUGUCACUCUAUGGGUUUUUUGCUAACUGCAGAGUAGCAGAGCCCUUCCUGACACCAUACUUAAUUGGACCACACAAGAACAUCUCUGAAGAAGUGGUGACCAACUACCUGUUUCCUAUCUGGACGUAUUCCUACCUGGCCUUCCUUUUCCCUGUUUUUCUCCUGACUGACUUCCUGAGAUACAAGCCAGUUAUAAUAAUUCAAGGGCUCUUUCUUGUCACCAACUAUGUCCUACUGUGCUUUGCCCCAGGUGUUCCUGCCAUGACUGUCCUGCAGGUCAACUAUGCUGUAGUGACUUCCACAGAAGUGGGUUACUUCUCCUACAUUUACAGCGUGAUUCCAAUUGAGAAUUACCAAAGAGCUACUGGUUACCUGCGCAGCGCCAUGUUGGCUGGAUAUACAACUGGUGCCAGCCUCGGCCAGGUGCUCAUCUCUGUUGCAGGGGUGGACUACUUCUACAUCAACGCUCUCACUCUGGGCAUUGUAAGCGUAGCAUUUCUCAUCACAUUCUGGUUGCCAAUGCCCCAAAGAAGUAUGUUCUUCAAAGGGAAAAGGGAUGCAGCUGUGGGCUCGCAGUUCCAGCAGGAGGGUCCACUGGGAGAAAACAGAUUGGAGGAUCCAGUGAUGGAUAAGGAUAGAGCAGACUCAGGGAAAGAGGAGAUGGAGCACAAUGGCAGCGCUGGCUGGUGCAGCAGGGAAAAUGUGGCCACUGUGGGCCCUGUCCUUUGGCAAAGCUUCAGGGAGUCCUACUCUUCGAGAAAUUUAAUCUACUGGUCCUUGUGGUGGGCUCUGGCCACAGCUGGCUACAUGCAGGUCUUUAACUACAUCCAGCUCAUGUGGGACCACAUAAAACCAUCGGCAACGUCAACCAUCUACAACGGAGGAGUGGAGGCUGUAUGCUGUCUUGUAGGUGCUGCAGCAGCUUUCUCUGUGGGCCACCUGAAGCUGAACUGGGCUGUUUGGGGAGAACUGGCAUUAGGGUUGUUCUCAGCCGCGGCGACAGGUGCUGUGUUUCUGAUGGCAUUCACCAGCAGUAUCUGGGUGUGCUAUGCUGGUUAUGCGGUAUUCAAAUCCUGCUACAUGCUUCUCUUCACCAUCACAGUAUUUCAGAUUGCAUCCAACCUCUCCAUGGAGUGCUACGCUUUGACAUUUGGGAUCAACACUUUCGUUGCCCUCACUCUACAGACCAUCAUUACAGCUAUUGUUGUUGAUGAGACUGCACUGGGUCUGGACAUAGUAACACAGUUCAUCAUAUAUGGCAGCUACUACGCUGUCAUCUCCUUGCUCUUUCUGAUUCGAGGGACCUACACCGCCUGCAUACAUCAGUGCUAUCCGGAGCACACGGAUGCCAAAGGGAGUCCAGAGUCAGGUGUGGAGGUGAUCGCUGCUCAACGUCUUUGACCAAUGCCCAUGUUCCAUUUGUUUAUGGAGGAAUAAAAUAAUCAUGAGCUUUACAAAUGACCUUUACUACUUUGUCAAUCAGCACUAUGAAAUGGUGCAAUAAUUGCUCAUUAGUAUUAAAGAUAAACCCAAAGAGAUAA